AUGGCAUCAUCUCCUGUUCAAAGCCUGAGAGCAGAGCUUGUAAGAAUUGCCGGCAGUACCCGCGCGACUGUUGGAAUUGCAGUGAAGACGCUGCGGAACUUAGCCCUUCCAGAUCCCUUCAAUGUGCCACGAGUUGAUCUGGAGCUCGUGGUGCCCGAAGAUUCAGCAAGAGAGCCAUUCGAGCGGCGAUUUCCGAUGGCGUCGACGUUUAAGAUACCGCUGGCCCUGUCGGUUCUUCAGAUGGUAGAUGCUGGUCGGUUUUCGUUGGAGCAGAAGUUUGUCCUGGAUGCUUUCGAUGUUCGCCCAGGCACUGGUGUGCUCACUGCAGGACUCCUUGCACAACUGAAAGACGUGCCUCGCGACCUGAUCCGAACAGAGUGUUCCCUCUACGAACUGCUGGAGAAGGCGUUGAACGACUCCGACAAUACAGCCACCGAUGUUUUAUUGGAUCGUGUGGGCGGCCCAUCGGUGGUGUUCGAGCAUAUGAAGAAGCUUGGAUUAGAUGAGAUUCGCGUCGCCAGGAGCUGUUUGGAGCAUCUACGCGACCGUUGUGGCAUCCGAUGUCGCAUUCCGACCCGGAGGUUGCCUGAAUCUGAGAUGGAUAUGGUGGAUUUCGUUGCUUUGCUGGAAGGGCGCAUGGAAAUUCAGCCCCUGGCGGUUUGCUGCCAGCCGGAUCGUGAAUUUGACGCUGACCUGCGUGAUACAACCACGCCUGAAGCCAUGGCCGGUCUGUUGGAGAAGAUCUGGAAUCGAGAAGCUGGGAUAUCAGAUGAUUCGACUCAAGUGUUGCUCGAGAUAAUGGGGCACUGCCGCACAGGGGCGAAGCGCAUUCUUGGUCGCAUGCCGCGAUAUGGGGCCGGCCCUCCGCGAGUGCAGCACAAGACGGGGUCUUUGGGCGGGCGCGCGAACGAUGUAGGAAUUGUCUGCCUUCCAAGCGGCCAUGCCUUUGCGAUUUGUUGCUACACAAGGGGGCUUGCCGACUUCGUAGCUCAGAGUACCACUGGUGAUUUGUACGAGGAUCGCGAGCGGUUGAUCGCAGACGUUGCGCGUGCGUGCUACGACUUCCACUUGUUUGCGUGCAGCUGA